AUGGACAAAGGGCUUCACUUCAUGUUCUGUGUGAUUACAACCAUGCUGCUCCUGAGAGAAUCAAGCCAGACAGGAACUACAAGGAAUGGUGAUGCUGUGCGUAAGGGCACUGACUCCAGGGGAUCAGAAGAGGGUCUUCCAACUUUGACUGUCACAACAAUUCUGGAAGAUCCCUAUGUCAUGGUGAGAAGUGCAGAGCUGGAGGGCUACUGCAUUGAUUUGCUGAGAGCACUCGCUGCGAUGCUUCACUUCAGCUACAAGGUGAAGGUGGUGGGAGAUGGACAGUAUGGUGCCGUCUCUUCCAGUGGGAACUGGACAGGGAUGAUCGGCGAGAUUUUGAGACAGGAAGCAGACAUUGCAGUGGCUCCAUUGACGGUCACGUCAGCAAGAGAAGAGGUGGUCUCCUUCACCACACCAUUCCUGCAGACGGGGAUUGGAAUCUUGCUUCGAAAAGACACCGUCUCUCAGGAGAUGUCUUUCUUCCACUUCCUGGCUCCUUUCAGUAAGGAGACCUGGACUGGCCUUUUAUUCGCUUACGUGCUGACGUGCUUCUGCCUCUUUCUUGUUGCCAGACUGAGCCCCUGUGAAUGGAAUGAGCCAAAGAAUGAAGAGAACAACUUUACCUUCUUAAACAGCCUCUGGUUUGGAGCAGGAGCACUUGCCCUGCAAGGCGUCACCCCUCGGCCCAAAGCGCUCUCUGUGCGGGUCAUCGCUGCCGUCUGGUGGCUGUUCACCAUCGCCUUGCUGGCUGCCUACAUCGCCAACUUCACCGCUCUGCUGAGCUCUGGCAGCGAGCAGCUCCCAAUCCAGACUUUUGAAGAUCUUGUGAAGCAAAGAAAGCUUGAGUUUGGGACCCUGGACGGCUCCUCUACUUUCUACUUCUUCAAGAACUCCAAGAAUCCUAUCCACCAGAUGAUCUAUGAAUAUAUGGACAAGAGACGAGACCACGUUCUAGUCAAAACCUACCAGGAAGCAGUUCAACGCGUGAUGGAAUCAAACUAUGCCUUCAUCGGUGAAUCGAUCUCUCAAGACCUUGCAGCUGCCAGGCACUGCAAUUUGAUCAGGGCCCCCGAAGUUAUUGGAGCCAGAGGAUUUGGCAUUGCCACUACCCAGGCAUCCCAGUGGACUAAGAAGCUCUCCGUGGCCGUCCUCAAACUGCGCGAAUCGGGUGACCUUGACUACUUCCGUAACAAGUGGUGGGAGACCAGCUGCCUUCAGCAGAGCAGGGACGGAUGGAGCCCCCUGCAGCCCCAGGCGCUGGGCGGGCUCUUUCUUACCCUUGCAAUCGGCCUGGCCUUGGGAGUGAUCGCAGCUGUGGUGGAGCUGUCGAAUAAGAGCAGGCACGCUGCUGGGCACGUCAAGAAAUCUUGUUGCUCCGUUUUCACGGAAGAAAUGUGCGCUCGUCUACGUAUAAAAGGAAAUACAAGACAAAGCCAGGAGACUUCAGGGAGGGCCAAUGCUUGAGAAUGUUUUGCUUAAGGAAGGGGCAUGGGCUAGGCUUAUACCACUUGUAUCUCAUAGGAACUACAUCACCGUAGAAAGAUGUUUUUCUGCAAGUCUAUAGAGUGUUAGUUUCUAAUUACAAACACACACAGAGAGCACUUCAGGAGCUGAAUACAGAAGAAAAUGAAGUGGCUUGGAAGAAUUUAAGUUGGUAUGGGAUAGAGUGUAAGUGUUAAAAACAAGGGAUGUUAACAACUUAAACUUGAGCUGGCUAAGAUGGUGGCUCCGUAUUUAGUUUAGGAGUUUCCGUAAGUACAUGAGUGCCUGUAGGAGUAAGUGCCGUGGGAUAGGUUAAUACGAAGCCUCUGCUUACUAAUUACAGUAUGAGGUACAAUCCUGACAAUUAAAGCUCUCAUCUGACUGCUCUAAUCAAGAACAACGGCUUCUUAAACCUUUUAGUCAUAGACUGUGCUCUUCCCCUCUUCUCAGCAGAAGAUGCUGGUCACUGCGAGGGUCAUUUUUGAAUCAGAGACGCCAGUUCUGUUGCAUAAAGCCCCAAAAGGCAGGCCUUAGCUGCGCGCUCUGCAGUGGCCUAAACCCGAGGAAGGGAGACCACGCGAUGAAGGAGCUACCGGACUUCAGAAACGCACGGCCCAGGCGUGUCCUCUGUGAGUUUCCCACCGCAGGAUGAGUUUCCCUGUUGCGCUACAGAGGAUGUUUUGUCCUCGUUAACCUGACGGAGGAGUGUUUAGGGCGAGGACUGCUAGCUGCAAUCCAACAGUACUGGAGCAUGCAGGCUGGUGAGCGGUCAAUUAAAGCAAAGUGCAAGUUGGCAGUAAGGGGCAGUCUGCAUUAGUCACUUGCUCUCAAAGCAUCAUCUUUGAAGUUCACGGGGAACAGUUAGCUCAGUUGCAUAUUAAAUAGUUUUCUAAUUAAGCUGUUUUUCAUUUCAGAGCUGGAAUGACUGAUGCAUGCACAUGCUGGUUUGCAAAUUCAUGGGUAAAUCGCUCCUUUUAUGUACUGCACAGCUGAUGAUGGAGGGCAAAAAAAAAAAAAAAAAGCAAAUUCUGUUACUUGGAAAUGGCUUUAACUGCACCGCGUGAACAAAGAGACCAAUUCCUCUCAGUCCCUGCAUUAAAUAACUGAUGGCAACAGAAACUAAUGUGCCUGUGACAGGAGAAUAGCUGGGCGCUCCUGACAAAACCGCUACACUUUCACUUUGAGCGUAGCUUAGUGCGACUCCACUCCCAGCUACAGCGUUCAGGCUAGGAGCAGGAAUCCCCUCCCACCCAACUGUUAACAAGGACAAACAGAGAAAGCAAUAGGAGUUACGAGUUCUUCCAGCUGCUGGUAAACGAGUGCUCUUGGGUUCUCUGCUGCACACUCUCAGAUCACCACAGUUCUAUCCUAAACACAGCUUAGCGAUGGCUCUUGGGUUAGAAGGUGGCGCAGUCCUUCAGGCAAAUUAACUGCAAAGAGCAUGAAACGGUUUAGGUAAGUCUGAAAGCUGGCAUGGAAAAUGCCAUGUCAGCUUCACUCAGCACUUUAAAAACUAUUUGGUAUGUGCCAUGUCAUCGCUGGUAGAGUAGGCAGAGAUGUAUAAAAAAAGGUUUCAUUGACAUUUAAAUAUAUUUCUAUAUGAAUGUCUCACAGAACAAAAAAAUAAAGUCUUUUCA